AUGGCAACCGAAAAGGUGCUCGGGAUGUGGUGGUGUACAUCGGCAGAUGUCUUCACCUUCAAAGUCGGUUGGGACCGCUACGAUCACGACCUGUGGGAAGGCCGCCGUCAGCCUACGAAACGGGAGGUUCUACGGGUCCUCAUGAGGAUAUUCGAUCCCCUUGGACUCAUUGCGCCGUUCCUAAUGUUCCUCAAGAUCCUGCUACAGGAAAUCUGGCGAAGCGGCAUCCAGUGGGAUGACAAGAUCGACGGCAAUGCCUUCGCCAAAUGGUGCUUUUGGCUGCAAGUCCUGCCCCAAGUUGAACAAGUCCGAGUAGCACGAUGUUUCCGCUCUCAUCUUCUUCCCGGAUACCAUGAUGUUCAACUGCACACGUUUGUAGAUGCGAGUGAGAACGGUAUGGCUGCCGCAUGCUUCCUGCGCUUCGAUCAGGCUGGAACCGUCCGAUGCUGCUUAAUUGCCGCCAAAACAAGAGUUGCCCCCUUGCGAUAUCAUUCCAUUCCACGGCUCGAGCUCAUGGCAGCAGUUAUUGGUACAAGGCUCUCCCAAACGGUCCUCAGCUCCCUGUCCUUCAACGUGAGCAAGCGAUUCUAUCACUCGGAUUCCAGGGAUGUGAUUUGCUGGCUGUAUUCGGACCAUCGUCGCUACACACCAUUCGUUGCCUGUCGAGUCGGUGAGAUCUUGGAGUCAACAGAACCGAACCAAUGGCGUUGGGUUCCAACCAAGCUAAACGUCGCAGAUGAUGGCACGAAAUGGGAGAAAUUCCCGGACAUGACUCCAGAAUCCAGCUUGAAGCGGAUGGUCAAAGUAGCUGCCUUUGUGCAUCGUUUUGCGGCAAAUUGUCGCCUAAAGAAGCAAAAGAAACCUGUUCAUUGUGGUUCACCUUCCGCAGAGGAACUGCAGAUCGCCGAGCGCUACGUGAUACGCCAAGCCCAACGAGAAGCCUACCCGGACGAAGCAGCUAUUCUGAAAUCGGUGAACGGAUCGCCGAAGCCCAUUCCCAAGACCAGCCCGUUGUUUAAACUGACACCCUGGCUGGACGACCACGGACUGAUGAGGAUGCGGGGAAGAAUUAGUGCCUGUACGCUAGCCACAGAAGAUGCUAAAAACCCGAUUAUCCUCCCACGUGACCACCACACUACCAAUCUUAUUAUUGCACACUAUCACACUAAGUACCACCACCAAAACCAUGAGACCGCUACAAAUGAGCUCCGACAGAGGUAUUGUAUACCUCGACUACGAGCGACCUACGCGAAAGUACGCUACAACUGCCAACACUGCAAAAAUCAUCGCGCAACCCCACAGCCUCCAAUAAUGGCCGAUCUUCCUCUAGAGCGACUCGAUGCCUUUGCUCGACCCUUCACCCAUAUUGGCGUCGACUAUUUUGGACCAAUCGAAGUCGUCGUAGGUCGUCGAGUGGAGAAACGGUGGGGAAUGUUGGUCACAUGCCUGACCACUCGUGCGAUCCACAUCGAAGUAGUACACACUUUGAGUACCGACUCCUGCAUCAUGGGCCUCCGAAACUUUGCAGCACGCCGCGGAAUGCCCAAGACGAUCUAUAGUGAUCACGGUACCUGCUUCAUUGGCGCGAACCGCGAAUUGGGAGAGGCAGCAACGGCGAUCAACCAGGACGAGGUGAUGAAGGAGUUCAGCGGUUCCGAGACCACCUGGAAGUUCAUUCCCCCAGCGUCGCCGCACAUGGGCGGCAGUUGGGAACGCCUUAUCGGUAUAGUGAAGCGGAACCUCAUGGAAAUCCACCCCUUGCACAAGCCUAACGACGAAGUGCUACGAAACCUUCUAACCGAGAUCGAAUGCACUGUUAAUUCUCGGCCGCUUACACAUGUUCCGGUUGAUGAUGAAUCUGCACCUGCUCUCACCGCGAAUCACUUCCUACUGAGGUCAUCCGACGGAACGAAACCGAUAUGUACCCUCGAUGACAGCGGAACAGCACUACGGCAGACCUGGCGAAUGUCUCAGCAGCUAGCCAACCAGUUUUGGAAACGUUGGCUAAGUGACUACUUGCCGGAGAUCACUCGACGAACGAGAUGGUAUGCGAACACGAAGCCGAUAGCGAUUGGCGAUGUGGUGAUCAUCGUUGAUCCGAAGCUGCCCCGGAACUGCUAG